CAGACUUCAAAGAGAAAAGGAGAAACAAACAAUGGAGGAAGCAAAAGGAGUUGUGAAGCACAUAUUGUUGGCAAAGUUCAAAGAUGACACCACGCCUGAUCAGAUUGAACAACUCAUCAAAGGCUAUGCCAAUCUUGUUAACCUCAUUGAACCCAUGAAAGCUUUCCACUGGGGCAAGGAUGUUAGUGUUGAGAACAUGCAUCAAGGUUUCACUCAUGUGUUUGAAUCUACAUUUGAGAGUACUGAAGGGGUUGCUAAAUACAUAGCUCAUCCUGCUCAUGUGGAAUUUGCAAACUUGUUCCUGCCCACCUUGGACAAAGUCAUUGUAUUGGACUACAAGCCCACUAUUGUUCAUUUCUAAGUUGAAAAACAUAAGAUUGUUGUCUGAAUUUGGUAUUUGUCCUGCAGUGUUGUUUCUGAAUCUUGUUUUUUUUUAUGUUUCUGGUAUCAUGUCUGGUUCUGUUGAAUAAGAGAGACAAAUGGAAAUCUUGCAUGAAAUGCAUAUCAAAGUAGGUUGGUUUUCUGUUCUAAAA